AUGACGGUAAUCCUCAGGAGGUUGCGCCAGCGAAAGUGCAAGGACGAACGCGACUACCUACUCGAGCUGAAGUUGACCAACGCGAGGCUACAGGUCACGUUGCGCUUCGAGAUUGGUGUGAAGUUUGUUGUGCAGCUCGAGGACUUGGCCAACCACAUGAACUACAAGCUGAAGUUCGGGAAGGAGGACAACUUCCCAAUGCUGGUGGACAGAGAUGCUAAGACGAAGUUGCCCCACUCGACAGCGAUUCCGGGCAAGAAGGUCACCAACUUCAUGAUCAAGAUUCUGAUGAGCUUCAUCCUGCACCUCGGCUACCGCAGGCUGAUCUUCCAGAGCGACGGGGAGCCCGCGAUCGUGGCGCUCGAGACGGCGGUCGCGGUGGCGACGCCGACGGUGGAAUUCCUGCCUCGAGAAUCGCCAGCAGGAGAGCACCAGAGCAACGGAGGCAUCGAGGUUGCCGCGCGAGAGGUCAAGAGGCAGGUCAGGGCGAACAAGUACGCUCUGGAGGCCAAGCUCGGCAGGAAGGUGGACGAUGAUCACCCGAUCUUGAAGUGGUUACCCCAGGACGCCGUGGCCUGCAUUGGCCGGUGCCGACGCGGAACCGACGGCCUCACUGGAGAACAGCGGCGCUCAGGCCGCGACUGGAAGAAGCUGGAAGCAGAGUUUGGCGAGCGGGUGAUGUACAGGCCGCUCGCGCCAGGAGGUCGCAGGAGUACUAUGGAGGAGCGCAUGAAGUCCGGAAAUUCCCUGGGCUACCACAUGCGGGCGGGGGCCCUGCUCGCCAUGACGGUUGGCGGCGCGGAGAAGGCCCAAGGUUUCAAGAAACUGCCGAAGGAGCAAGCCUGGGACAGCAAGGACUGGGCAGCUCUUCGAGGAGUUCCCUGGUCGACUCGCCCGGAGGGAGAGGCGCCCGCUUUGGCGAGAGCGCCAGUCGUGGCUACCGUUCGGAUGGAGCCGCGAGCCCCGCGAGCGAGGUGCGUCCUACGCCGCGACAUCGAGAAGUAUGGCGCCACUGCGGGCUGUCCAGGAUGUCUGGCGCUGACGCAGAAGGGCAAGAUCACGACGUCCCAUAGCGACGAGUGCCGCGACAGGAUCGCAGUCGAGGUGUUCGAGGUCGAGAAGCAGCUGGAGGAGACCAAGCUGCCCUACCGCCGCCCUCUGGAGACGGCGAUCGAGCUCCUGCCCCAGAGCCGAGGGACACCGAGAUGGCGGCGGCGCAGGCCGGAGGCAGUGGAAGCGAACCGAGCGCUGCCAGGAAGCGCCGAGGAGACGCACCCGACCCUGGACGAGCUACCCGGGCACGAGGCUCCAGAUGGAUCGAUGGACGUCGACUUCCUGGAGCGGAUCAACGGCUACGACAAAGGCCGCACGUUCAUCAUGAUCUACGAGCUGGUGAUGUUCGAGAUGCGGAUGAACGCCAACGUGAACGACACAGAGCAGGCGGAGGAGAUCGCGCCACUUCUUACCGAGAUGUGCGCAGUGGACACUGCGGAGGUUUAUUCGCCGAGAAGGUUUGCAGAGAUGACGUUCAGGUACGGCCUCGCGCACGGCCUGGCAGUGGAUAUCGAGACUGGUUGGGAUCUGCGAUUGCCCGAGCAACGAAAGGAGUACAAGAAGCAGCUGAAGGAAGAAGACCCGCUGCUGACGAUCACCAGCCAACCGUGCAAACCAUUCAGCAACUUGCGGGCGCUCUUGGACUCAAAGCGAGACCCGAAGAUCGUGGAGGCGGAGAUCCUGGAAGGCGAGACGUACCUCACUUUCAGCAUGGAGAUCUGCAAGGAGCGCUACAAGGCAGGGGAGUUAUUUCUUCACGAAGCACCUUGGUCAGCGAUGAGCUGGCACUGCCCAAGCGUUCAGGAGGUCAUACGGUUGGCAGGCGUAUUCUUAGUCCAUGGACCUAUGUGCCGCUGGCACAUGCAGGCGACCGACUCCAACGGAAAGUUGGGCUUCGUUCGGAAGGAGACUGGGUGGCUCACUAACAGCGAGCUGCUCGCCGAGAUCCUCAAAGCUUGGUGGCAGCUAUUCUCAAAGGCCUACGAGAGGAGCUUCGACGACGAGAAGGGCUCAACCUACUUGCAGCUCUUUGUGGAGGACCACACCCACAUGAAGAAGAUACUGAGGCAGGCAUGGAAGAAGGUACCUAGACGCGAGAUGCUCGAGAACGGCAAGAAGGCAGUGACCUUGAAAUGGACCGACACGAACAAGGGCGACCGAACUCAACCACGGUAUCGUUCGAGGCUGGCCGCGAGGGAGAUCAAGAAAGCUAUGAGGUUCGAAGAUCGACCAGAUCAAGCUGAACUAUUCUCGGCCAUGCCACCGCUGGAAGCGUUCAAGGCGAUGGUGACCAUCUUCGUCGGCCGCGUGAACGACGCCCACCACGACGGCGACACAGAGGAGAUCAUUUACAAGUUUUUACGACAUCUCGAGGGCGCACUUCUAUGGCUACUCAAGACGAUGUACGGCACAGUAGAUGCAAGUCAUGUGUGGCAAGACAGCUACAUCGGCCCGACGAGCUCGCACGGCUUCAAGAAAGGCGCCUCGAUCCCAGCGAUGCUGUACCACGCCGGGCGUCAUGUACAAGCGGAGGUCCACGGCGCCGAUUUUGGUGUGAUUAUGCGCAAGUCCCAGGAGGGGUGGUUCGACGACGUUCUUUCGCGCCACGACUUUAAGGUCGCGGUAACUCUGAGCAGCAGGCCCCUGGAGGAACAGAGCGUGGUCUAUCUCAACCGGGUGUUGAUCUGGAACCCCUUCGAGCGUUCGGCCUACCUCGAAGCGGACACCCGGCACGUGAAGAAGGUGAUCAGGGACCUGGGCUUGGAGAAUGCGAAGGAGGUGACUGCCCCGGCUGUUGAGAGGUCUGUCGCGGAGAUCCUGAGCAACAGCCAGACCUCGCCAAAGCUGGGCGACGAGAAGGUCUGA